AUGCCUUCAUCCGCGAGCGCUUCGAUGCUCUCGCACGCAAACACGAUGCAUUCCAUUGGUAACCAGAUAGGAUACAAGGUCCGCAACAUUGCCCAUCUUGGCCAGCCGACCAUUGACAUCGACGUGCACGGCAGCGAUGGUCGCAACGCUUUCCUAUCCAGUUUUUCGACCAUGGACACUGUCCAAGGAAAUGUCACCAUCACUGCGCCGUACGACACGCGCUUCAAUGAUGUCGACAUUGCCUUUGUCGGUAUAAGUCAAGUUUUUGUCGAUAGACUCACUACUACGCCUACCAUGACUGGGCGGACGGAAGCUGCACACCGGUUCUUGCUUCUCAGACAACCCAUGGAUGAGUCUGAUUUCCCUUCGCCAAGGGUUUUGGAAGCAGGAAAGUCGUACAAGUUCCCAUUUACCUUUACUAUUCCGUCCCAGCUCCUCCCAAAAGCAUGUACGCACAAAACUGUUUCAGACCAUGUCCGUAACACGCACUUGCAGCUCCCUCCAAGCUUGGGCGACCCAGAUCUUGCUGGCUUUGGCGGCACAUUGCUGGAUGAUUCCGCUCCGCAAAUGUCCAAGAUCACGUACGGCAUCAAGGUCAGGGUUGCCCACGCACGAGGCUCAGAGGGAAUAUCAAUACUAGCAGAGAAGAUGAAGAAGGUUCGCGUAAAGCCCGCCUUCGACGAACAAGCGCCCCUCAACGUCGAUAACAUGGACGAAUAUCGACCCCGACAGGAGAAGAAGGUCAAGAAAGGCCUAUUCAAGGGGAAAUUAGGGACUUUGAUAGCCAAGACCGUCCAACCAAAGCCCCUGGUAAUUCCAACCGCUCGCUCGACUGACAAGAAGCCAAUCACCACCAUGGCUAAGCUUGUCUUGCGCUUCGAUCCUGCAGACGAGAGCAAUACACCACCGAAGCUGGGCUCGCUAGCUACGAAAAUAAAGAUAUCGACUUACUUUGCCUCUGCUCCCAGACAGAACUUCCCAUCGCGGUCGGCUCUCGGUUCCGACCUGUCCCAAGGUUUUUACUCGGAGAACAUAAACCUCUCCAACCUCUGCAUUGCCUCUGCACAGUGGGAAAAGUUCGACUGUGCAUUCAAUCCCUCCACGGAGAAUCUAGUGCGCCGCGACUCCGGCAUCUCCGAUUGCUCCGCUAUGACUGACGUCGAAAAAGCCUUUGCAGCUGGCAUCCUACCCGCGUCGAAGGACUACAAGCAUGGCAGCUUCUACACUACCCAGAUUCUCGUACCCAUCACCCCCCCGAUGAACAAAAACUUCAUCCCAACCUUCCACUCCUGCCUAAUCUCCCGAACCUACACUCUCUCGCUGCAGUUUUCACUGAGUAGUGGUCCGAGCAUGCAUCUGAAGAUCCCGGUACAAAUUUGCGCGGAAGGUAGUGAUACUGGUAUCGAGAAUGCACGGGCAAGGAGCGUAGAAGAGACGGUGUUCAGAGAAGCUGCAGAUGUGUUCUUACCUCGGAGUGUCGCGCCUCCUUCUUUCGAUGGUCGUCGAAAUGGAAGUGUGGAAGUGAGAGACGAGCUACCGCCCGACUAUGCGGCUUUUGCGGCUCCGGCGGCCAGAUAUCACGCCCGGCUUCCUCUUGUCACAUAG